UUAAAUAUAUAUAAAUAAAUAAUUAAGCUAUAGGUAUAACCAAUAUAACAUAAAUAAAUAAUUUUUGGUUUAUCAUCUUGGUUAUAUUGACUUGAUAAAGAUAAAAUGUAUCAAGAACAAAAUAAUAAUGUAUCAAAAUCAAAAAAUAUUUUUUGGUCAUCAAUGAUUUCUGGAGCAGCUGCUGGAGUACUAUGUGAUGUUAUAUUUUUUCCAAUGGACACUGUAAAAACACGUCUUCAAAGUCAACAUGGUUUUAUUAAAUCAGGAGCAUUUAAAAGUUUAUAUCGUGGUUUAUUACCAGCUAUUGCUGGAUCAGCUCCAUCAGCAUCAUCAUUUUUUAUGACAUACGAGGGAUUUAAAGAAAUUGUUCAACCAAAAGUAUCACCACAAUAUCAUACGUUUGUUCAUAUGGGAGCUACAUGUUGUGCUGAAUUGAUAUCUUGUCUUGUAAAAGUACCAGUUGAAGUAUUAAAACAAAGAAGACAAGCACUUUUAGCAAAUUCAAAUCCAAUGGAACUUGGCAUUAGAACAUUAUACAGAGGAUAUGGUAGUACUUUUCUUCGUGAGGUACCAUAUGGUCUAAUACAAAUGCCAUUGUGGGAAUAUUUAAAAUUACAUUGGAAAAUACAACAAGGAAGAGAUUAUUGUACACCAUUUGAAGGUGCAAUAUGUGGUGCAUUAUCUGUUACAAUAUCAGCUGCUGUAACAACACCACUUGAUGUCAUUAAAACAAGAAUAAUGCUUGCUCAUGCAUCAAGAAAAAAAGUUCAUAUUUUAGCAACAAUGAAAGAAGUCUACAGAGAAAAAGGAAUAAAAGGAUUAUUUGCUGGAUGUUCAGUGAGAUCUGUUGGAUUAACAGUUAGUGGAUUUGUAUUUUUUGGUGUUUAUGAACAAUCAAGAUAUCUAUGUCAAACUGUUUUAUUUGUUGAUCCUGCUGUUGGUUAAUUUAACUAAUUUAUAGAUAAUUUUAUAGUUGAAUUUAUACUUCAUUAUUAAAAAAAUUUGUCAAGAAAUA